AUGUCCUCCGACUGCGUACCCUGCAACACUGCCCCCCCACCCUGCAGAUGCUCCGCCGACCAGACAUGCGUCCAGACACCCAGGAACUGCUCGACCUGCCCCCGGAACAUCUGCAUCAGCUCAGCAGCAUCCUCGCCCGCAAACAACCCAGGCUCAGCCGGACUGGCCGCACCCAUCGGAGGCGCAAUCGGAGGACUGGCAGCUGGUCUCCUCAUCAUCCUCUCCCUCUGGAUCCUCUACAGGCGAAACAUGCUCCCGUCCUGCUUCACCGCCAUCUUCGAAUCCAGAUCAACCAAAUCAUUCUCCAAAAAACACCCCCACCAUCUCAGGAACAACAAUCAGAAAAAGAACCGCUUCCUCCAAUCAAACAGCCACAACCUCAAGUCCCAGAACGAGCUGCCCCACCAAUCAGUCAUCUAUCUGCCAACAGAUACCAGGGACCCCAAGACGGCAUCGAUCAUCGAAUCAGAUGAUGACCCCUUCUCAGAUAAACACUCCGGCGUGUCCAUCAUCGGCGCCCAACCAAAACCGAGCCAUUCAAUCAACCCGACCGUCGAGCUGCUAGCCUCUCCCUUCCAUCCCAGCCCACCAGCCACCUACAACCCAUCCCGGACACUCUCGCUCACCGGGCCCGAGGACCGCAGCCCAUCAUCAGCCGAGCCGCCCUCCUCCACCUCCUCGACCAACCUGCCCAGCCCAGCAGCCGAACAACACCACCGCGCCUCCUCCUUCUUCCUCACCCCUGGCCAGCCCUCGCCCACCCAUCCCACGCCGACCGCCCAGCAGCACCGGCCGAUCCGGCCCCACCGCGCCCCCGACCUCGACCUCCGUCUGCCCGCGACGGCCCAGGUGGAGAGCGACGAGGCCAACAAGAAGGAGCCCCCGGGAGGCGCCGAGCCGGCCAGCAACAACUCGUACCUCUCCCCCGGCCAGGACACCCAGCAGAGCAGCCUCCGCCGGCUCUCCGGCUCCUCCGACGCCACUACCCACGACAGCCAUCUGAGCAGCAUCCUCGACCCCGCCAUGAUCGUCACCCCGGUCACCCUGGUCCGGACGGCCUCGGGAAGGCAGGCCGCCGUCCAGCGGGUCGCCCUGCGCGGCCAGGAGAAGGCCCGCGUCGUCCGGCUGCCCCCCAGCGGCCACCCCCACGGACCCUCCCCGCUCUCGCUCUCCAACGGCACCACCUCCAGCACGAUCCGCUCCCCGAGCGCCAACGUCCGCGAGACCUUCGGCUUCUCGCCUACCACGCCCGGCAUCGGCCGGGCCCGGGACACACUGGACCGCCCCCACUCUGAUCUCUCGGCCCUGGCUGCGACGGACGAAACGGGGCAGGAGGAGGAGCAGCACGACGAAGGCCGCGAAGACAUCGGCAGUCUCCCCAGCAACAGCAACAACGAGCAUGUGGGCCGCAAGAGCAGCACCAACCUGCGCAGGGCCCGCUCGACGGCCGCCUACUCGAUCGCUAGCUCCAGCUUCGGCGGCAGCAGCGUCUGCGACAGCUUCAUCGAGGACGAGGAGGUCGAGUUCCCCACCGUCCUCGGCCGCUCCGCCGCCACCCUCGCCCAACGCAUCCUCCAGCAACAGCACGACCAGAUGCAGGGCGCGGGCACCGAGACUGCGCAUCACCAUGUGAAUCUCAAGGCUCUCGGACGCGACAGGGCUAUCUCGCUCUCCUCGAUCAUCACUGAGGAGGCCCGACGAACGUCUCGUGACGGCUCGCCCCCGCCGAUGCCCUCGCUCCCCGCUUGUGCCGGGUUUAUUCCUUCCACGCCUUCCGCAGGCGGGAGUCCCUCGGGCAGUCUGCCGGAGCCGUUCAAGCCGUUUGCGGGCCAAAAGCCGCGGCGGCCGAGUGGCCAAUCGGGGCCAGCAGCGGGAGGCUCGGAGGGCUCGCCGGCGACCAGUCUGGACAGCGCCGUCGGCGCCGACGAGCGCCAUUUUUCUUGA